CUAUACAUAAGUUUGGAAUGGGCAUAAUUUAACCAGCAAUGCCGUUUGAUGUUCAAACAAGUUAACGAUGCUGUUCCUAGCCCUAUUUGUACAUUAUUGGGCAUCCCUACGAGAAACGAAAGCCCAGACUACGUUCUGCACCCUGCAUGACUCCACGCCUGUAUACAGUAGUCCACAUUUAAAAGCGCCUGUGUCCAUUGCACUCGCUAAAGACACCUGUUUCAUUGGCGAUGUUCUUGGGGACUGGGUUAGAAAUUUAGAAAUUAAGAAAGGAUUCAUUCAUGUGCAGACUAUUUACAAAACUGGAACACAGCCAAACUAUUUUCACCAAAGAACACACACAGGUGUUUUAGCAGCUGAUGCUUCUCAUGAACCGACGGCGCGGUCUCGGGGAUUUAAUAAAGGCAAUGAGGCUAUAAUAGAGAAACCAAGUCAUCCUGAAGAAAAACGAUUCUUACUCGGAGAUGGUGGCUACUCUGACUGGCAGCAAUGGACCGCGUGCUCUGCAACGUGUGAUGGAGGAUUCAUGUACCGCACCCGUUACUGUGACCAGCCACGCCCCCAGGCCGGGGGUAAUGACUGCGGUAUCCUUGGGAAGAGCACAGAGGCAUUGAUCUGCAAUAUAGAAACGUGUCCUGUCGACGGGGUCUGGGGACAGUGGGCAGACUGGUCCGUAUGUAAUUGUAACAGCACACAGACACGUGUCCGGAAAUGUGACAGUCCGGCCCCUGUAGGGUCAGGUCAGCCAUGUCACGGGUCAUCACGGGAUACUAUGAGCUGUGCAGACAAACCAACAACGUGCCCUGUGGAUGGUAGGUGGGGAAGUUGGUAUCCAUGGAGUGUAUGCUCUACAACCUUUGGUCCUGGUGAAAUGUCACGGCUCAGAUUAUGCAACAACCCGCGCCCACAAAAUGGGGGUCUAUAUUGUGAUAUUCAUGAGAAGGGCGAGGAGGAGCGUAUGGUGUGUCAAGGACAGCCCUAUCCAAUUGACGGUAUGUGGGGGGCGUGGCAGUCCUGGACCUCGUGUUCCGUCACGUGCCUGAAUGGUACCCGGUCCCGUACCCGCCUCUGUGACUCCCCGGCCCCGCAACAUGGAGGCAGCUACUGUGCAGGACAACAGAAUGGCACACAGACGUGUACACCGCGUGACAAUUGCGAUGUGGAUGGCGGAUGGACAGAGUGGGGCGUUUGGAGUUGGUGUGAUGUCUCAUGUGCAACCGGACACCAUAUCAGGUACAGACUAUGUGAAAAUCCAACGCCAGAAAACUUUGGCAAGUUCUGUGAAGGACCUGAAAACGAGGUGCGCGAAUGCUUCGACAAGCCUUGUCCAAUUGACGGCGGGUUCGGUGCAUGGAGUGCCUGGGGCUUGUGUUCCCCUCCAACUGGUAACGGACUUAAGACGCGUACACAUCUCUGUGACAACCCACAGCCACUGUAUGGAGGACGAAACUGUCUGGGAAAUUACACUGAACAACUACCGUGUUGUGACAGCGACUGUCCUGUGGAUGGUGGUUGGUUCGACUGGUCCACCUGGUCCGACUGCCCCGCUGACGCCUAUGUUAACACAACCAAGUCUAGAACACGCACUUGUUCCAUGCCUUCUCCACAGUUUGGUGGAGCCAAUUGUGCCGGAGAUAGCGUGGAAACGGACUGCUGUCCAGUCAAUGGCGGUUUCGGUUCAUGGACAGACUGGUCGGUGUGCAGUGGCAACUGUAUAGACGCACACAGGGAGAGAGCUCAUCAGUGUAAUAACCCCAGACCCUCCUGUGGUGGUAGAUACUGUGGGUCUGGAAAAGAAGUGGACCAUACUUGUAUACCUGAUCACUGCACAACAACAACAACGACAACAACAACAGCAACACCAUCAGCUGGUUCACCAGAAACCACAGCAGCUGGCUUGACAGGAACAAUAUCAUCAGCUGCUACCUUUGCUCCGUCAACAGCACUUACAUCGACAGUGACAUCCGUAGCAACAUUUGCCAUAACAACAGACACGCAGUUAUCAACAUCAACAUCACAAGUGACUGCAGGUACGACGCCAUGCACCAUGGAAACGUCAUCAAACUGUCCUUGGCACAACGUUGCUUCACUUGACCAAAUGAACUGGAUUGUUCAUAACGGCUCUACACCGACAGAUGAUACGGGACCGACCGUGGAUCACACGUUUGGAAAUAAUUCAGGCAAGUACAUCUACCUCGAGUCCAGCGCCCCAAGCACUGAAUGUGACAAGGCCUGGUUCCAGAGUGACAUCAUACAGCCCGAUGUCGGAACUCCUGGCUGCUUUCAAUUCUGGUAUCACAUGUAUGGUAAUAACGCCGGAAGUCUCAACAUCUACAUGGCUACUGGUUCCCAUCUCCCCGGGCAACUACUGUGGACAGUAUCUGGAAACCAGGGAAAUAGAUGGAAGUCUGGCAAUGUACCUUUGAGAGCCACCAGUAAUUUCUCGAUUAUAGCGGAAGGCACUGUUGGAAACGGUUACCUUGGCGAUAUUGGGCUGGAUGACCUGCUGUUCACACAGGCGACAUGUUCUCUGUACCCCACCACGGCUUACCCUUACCCACUGUCAGCUCAUACAUGUUCGGCCACUACUACUUAUAAUGGAGUCUGGUCUAAAUGGUUCAAUGACAAAUGCUCUGUGACAUGUGGGAACGGAACGCUGACACGUGUACGUCACUGCUCCACGGGUCACGCCGAGGAUUGUGCGGGAUCCAGCACAGACGUGGUGAACUGUCAGAUGGCGUUCUGUAAAGUCGAUGGUUCCUGGUCUUCGUGGUCACCAUGGUCACAGUGUGACGUCACAUGUGCAGACGGUCACAUACAUCGGACACGCACGUGUACAGAUCCAGCACCCGCGUUCGGAGGUUUGAACUGCUCUGGAACGAGCCAGGAAACAAACACGUGCUCGCUUGUCACGUGUCCAGUCUGGUCUCGGUGGUUCAAUGACAAGUGUUUUGUGACAUGUGGGAACGGAACGCUGACCCGUGUACGUCACUGCUCCACGGGUCACGCCGAGGAUUGUACGGGAAACAGAAGCGAAGUAAUUGACUGCCAAGACCGACCUUGUAAAGUCGAUGGUUCCUGGUCCUCGUGGUCACCAUGGUCACAGUGUGACGUCACAUGUGAAAACGGCCACAUACAUUGAACAAGGACGUGUACAAAUCCAGCUCCCGCCUUCGGGGGGUUGAACUGCUCUGGAACGAGCCAAGAAAUCAACGCGUGCAUGCUUGCUAACUGUCCAAGCUGGAGCAAGUGGUUUUUCGACGACUGCUCUGUGACAUGCGGUGACGGCACACAGUCACGUUUUAGGAUGUGUUCUUCUGGUCACGACGAGGACUGUCCAGGGCCUGCUUUCGACACCGUGCCAUGUUCGAUGCCGCCAUGCUGACAGAGCAUGAAUUGCCAAGCAAUAUGACUGAGUCAGCAAUG